AUGGCUGACGUUCCCAGCACGCAAGAGUCAAAGCCAAACCUGAUACAAGAGAUCAUAGAUGUAGGCAAAAAAGCCUUCAACCCCGCCAGCGAUGAGGUCACUCGAGACGCCGGACGUCAGAAAUACGACGAACUCGUAGAAAAGGUCGACACCUGGACGCUUCUACACGCCCUCAACGCCCUCAUCAAGCCCGACGUGGUCCCGCCAUGGCUUCGCCAACCGCUCCUGCAGACCCUGACACUGCUACCGCUACGGCCCGACGGCGUCCGCGGCACGCUUGAGCUCGUCUUCUCCGUGCAUCCGAGCAACGUCGGCCGCGCAGAUCCGUCUGGCUCGGUGGCGGGGGGGCAGGAAGCGCAGCCGCAGAAGCAGGGCGCCAGCAUCACGCACGAGGCCGUUGCCGUCGCGACCAAGCUUCUCUCGUCCGUGCCCGUCGGUAUGACCGCGGAGACUUGGUUUGCGGGGAUUUCGAGUCAGGUCUUUGCGCUGAUGGACGGCGCGGCCGGGCCGGAUCUCGCGCGCACGGCGGCGCAGAUUGUCGGGUUCGGGAUCCUCGGCAAAAAGGCCCUCGGCGCGCCUGGCACGCCGGGGUGGAACGUGUUUGUGCAGCCGCUUCUGGAACGUGUUAAUCCGUCUCUGCGGCAGGAGAGCUCUGUCAAAAAGGAGGAGGAGGAAGAGAAUAAAGUCAUUGAUCUGUCCAGGCCCAAAGUCCUGGUCGAAGCAGAUGCGCUGCAACAGGCCAUGCAACGCCUACAAGUUUUGGUUCUGUCUAAUCCAUCACCGGGUCUAUGCAAGAGAAUACUCGGCCGUGUGAUUCUGCAAAUAUGGGCACUCGCAUCCUGGAACAAUCCUGGCGAGGUGGUGCAAAAAUCAGUGUAUACUCCUGCGAAGAAGUUGUUACGGACAUAUCUACAACUAUUCGGGAAUCUUGAUAGUGUGAAGCCCCUCAUUGCAAACCUCACUUGCAAGGGCUCGUCUACAAUACCGAGGCCAUUACAAUCGACAACAACGUCAUGGCGCUAUACGACAACUACCACCGGUGCGGUGGAAAUCACAGCACUUCCACCACCAGCUGCUUCGCAGCCACCAGACCUCGACUGGAUGGAUAUCGAAUACCGCGCAACCACUUUGGCAGAGUACAUUUCAAGUGCCUGCUCGGCAGAAGACACAUCUUCCAUAUUCCUGUCACUACUACGGCGAUGGGUGGAAACUGCAGAAAAACAGCAGAGUGGUGGGGGCAUCAGCUUGCUUUCUCCUGUCGAGACCGAGUCCGAUAGCCCCGUGGAAGAUCUCAUGGAGGUCUCUGUUCUGCAGCAGCUGAUGGAAAAGGCGCCGGACAAGCUCAUCAGCCAUUUUGACCAGCUCUUUGAGCUUAUCACACAGGUCUUGGAAGCAGACGCAAAAUCCCCGCUGGGCGAUGAAGUCGUCAAUGUGGUGCUGAGCCUGGUCAACUUGGCAGUCACAGCACCGACGUUUCAAAAGUCCGACAUUAAGCCGCGGGAGCUGCAAGUUGUCGAGCAGUCGCUAGAAAGGCUGUCGCAAGAAGAUAGACCAGAUGUUAGCGGCACGGCGCGAAACCUGGGCAUGCUGCUCCGGUAUCGCGACGAACUGGAUGACCCAGACGACAAGGGCAAGGGGCCGUCCACUGCCAGAAAGGUCGAGGACCGCAAGACAUACAAUCUCGCCAUGAGCUACAUUACCGGUGACAAGGAGAACCCGCCGCCCAUUGUCGCCGAGGGCCUCAAGCUACUGUCCAGUCUCGUCCUGGCUGAAAGUCCAAUCCUUGACAUUACCGCAGUCGCCGUGCUGCUCUCCAAUCUUUUAGCAGAAAACGAAGACUACAUCAACCUACAGGUCGUCAAGCUGUUCACGCAGCUCGCCAAUAAGCACCCACAGACAACGAUGCGGGAGAUUCUGGAUCAUUACCUGGACGCGCAAGAGAAAGCGACGACGGAUACGCGCCUGCGCUUCGGCGAGGCCCUCGUGCAGGUUAUUGAGCGGCUCGGCCAGAUGUUCACCGGCAACGUCGCGCAGCAAACGGUCGAGACGCUGCUGUCUAUUGCGGGCCGGCGCGGUCACCGGCCCAAGACGCUCGCGCGGCAGGCCCGCGAGGAGCGGAUGCGCAAGCUCAAAGAAGAGAAAAAGAAGCGGUUGGGGCAGGACGCCGUAGAAGACGAAGAUGAGGACAUGGAAGACGACGACGAAGAAGUCACCGAACAGGAAAGGGCUAACAACGACAUCCUGGCACAAAUCGUUCAGGGCUGGGAAAGCAAGCGCGGCAGUGAAGAUGUACGUAUGCGUACGUCGGCGCUAUCCAUCCUCGGCGCCGCGCUCGAGAGCCAUCUCGCCGGCGUAGGGCCCGCGCUCGCCUCGGCCACCGUCGAUCUGUGCCUACACGUGCUGGCGCUGGAGCCGGAGCUCGAUCGGGGCAUCCUGCGGCGGGCCGCCGUCAUUACCAUACUUAGCUUUGUGCGCGCGCUCGCAGCCGCCCGGGAGCAGUCGGUGUCGCUCGGCUUUGGUCUGACGGAGGAGAGCAGGGCCGACAUUCGGCGGUCGCUCGAGUACGUCGCGGCGACAGAUGGUGAUGGGCUGGUCAGGGAGCACGCAAGGGACGUGGUCGAGAGCCUCGAUGCGUGGGGGGCAAUGAGCGUGCUCCCACAAGCAACAGAGGCCGUCGGCCAGGGGCUGACAAGGAUGGCGGGAGUUCGGGUGAACAGCGACCUGUUGGGCCAGCAGCAGAGACCACAGCAGCGGCCGAGAAUCGAGGAGAUUGAGUAA